CCCGUGGCGUGAUGCUGGGAUAAACGUUAGUGAGUGGUUUAGAUAUCUCGUUGCGACCUAGAUAUCUCAUUUUUCUAUUGUCUUGUCACUUCAAAGCGUUCUGAACUAGUUUUAAGUCAGGACUGAGGCGAAUUGGCCACUGCAUAUUUGGACGCCCGAUUGUCGCGGAAAUCUUUUCGUCAAACUUGGAGUCGAGCUUCGUUUAUGCCUUUGUGGCCUACUUGAAAAUCCGUUAGUUUGGACGCUUGAUUCUUGGCUGUUUAUUCUGAAUCCCGAUUCUAGCCCUACUUUCAUUCAGGAUACUUGACGUAAUAGAAGCUAUCCUGGAUUUUCCCGCGUUUUCUGGAUUACGAGUUUGACCUUACGACAUCCAGGGCUGUGCCAGUUUCCACGUAACGUUACGAAAGAAGAUGGAACAGCAGAGCGUCGAAGUUCUGCGGCUAACUCCCGGUGAAACCACCGCUCUGAGGCCGGGAGUCAACCUGAUCUGCAGGGAGGCCGACAACUUUGUCAUCUACAAGGAUCCAAGGAACCCACGGGACGACCCGUUUAAGGCCUGCCGCAACGUCUGUAAGCACCAGGGCGGCAAGUUCGUACAAGAUGUUGAAGAUCCUGCCGGCAGCGUUCUGCGGUGCACCAAGCACGGCUGGAAACUGGACUGCUCCACUAUGAAGUACGUCAACCCGCCGGACAGCUUCAGCCAGGAGAGGUUAGUUCCUGAGUUAGACGAGGACGGCUCGCUGGCCUUGGUGGAGCUGAUCCCGCCUGAGCCGUGGAAAGUCGACGCCAGAGCCCCGGAGGCUAUCCAGCCGGGUGAAGUGCAGCUGACCUUCUUCGCGCAUGCCUGUAUGGAGCUGAAACUGGGAGACAAGACGAUGUUCUUCGACCCGUGGCUGACCGGACCCGCCUUCGCCAGGGGCUGGUGGCUCAUCCACGAACCGCCUGCCGAUUGGCUGGACAGGCUGUCACGUGCCGAUCUCAUUUACAUAAGUCAUGUGCACUCGGAUCAUCUCAGCUACCCCACACUGACGCUUCUGUCAGAAAAGAACCCAGACAUCCCCAUCUACGUUGGAGACACGUCCAUGCCGGUGUUCUGCAAGCUGCAGCAAAGCGGCGUCAGGCUGAACCGCAUCAACGUCUGCAGUUUCGGGGUGUGGCAGGAGAUCAAUGCAGAUCUGCGUUUCAUGAUCCUGAUGGACGGAGUACAUCCAGACAUGGACACCUGCAUCCUGGUGGACUACAAGGGUCAUCUGAUCCUGAACACCGUGGACUGCACCCAGCCCAACGGCAUGCGGCUGCCCAAGAAUGUGGACAUCAUGAUGAGCGACUUCGCGGGGGGUGCAUCCGGGUUCCCCAUGGCGUUCUCUGGAGGACGAUACACAAAUGAAUGGAAAGCCAAGUUCAUUGCUACGGAGCGGAAAAAGCUGCUGUACUACAAGACACAAGUGGUGCGUGACGUCAACCCGAAGGUCUACUGUCCUUUUGCAGGCUUCUUCGUGGAAGCUCAUCCAGCAGACAAGUACAUCCGUGACACCAACACGAAGAACAGCGCGGAGCAGCUGAACACUCUAAUCAACAGGUAUUCUGACCACAUCAUCCCCUGGACACCCAAACCUGGCGCCACUCUGGACCUGGCACUCAUUCUGGACGACACUGUGGACCGCAGGCUUGCAAUAGUGGAUCCUCCUCUGGCGACUAAGAUCUACAAAGACAACUGGGAUUUCGACUCGUACAUCGACAAGAUCAACGAGAGUAUCGACUGUGAGAUUUUUGCCUACCCAGACUGGAUCCCGGUGUACUACAGGUGGGCAGGAUUCAGCAACUACAACCUAGUCCUGAGGAUGAUAGAGACCGAUGACGACUUCCACCCCAUCGAGGAAGGGUACGACUUCCUGGUGGAUUUCUCAGACCUCAGCUUCCCUCAACAGCGACCAACCAGGGAGCAUGCGUACUUGGAGAUCAAGAAUCGGAUAGGAGUUCACCGCCAAACGGUUCUGAAGGGUCUGUUUUGGGAUGACCUGUACAUCGGAUUUAACAACAGGAUAUCACGGGACCCGGACACAUUCCACUACAAGUUCUGGAACCACAUGCAGAUUCUUCUGCCACAACAGCCCCCCGACUGGGCCAGUUUUCUGCGCAAGCAGCAAGAGAUACAUGGUGGGAAACCUGUACGGGCAGUGUGGAAACCGUCAAACAAGAGCAACACCACCGUUGCCCGUCUACUCGGCAUGCUGGUGCAGACCAAGGCCCUGCUCAUCCCAGGGCUCAUGGCAUCCCUGGCAACCAUCGUCUUCUUCGCCAUGUCUGUAAAAUAACGUUCCGGAGGCGUCUCCAAAAUGGAAACUUAAGU